CCUGAAACCAAAAUCACGCCGUUUCUCCCUCGCCUCUGCCCAUCAUUCUUCCUUCUUUCUGCCCCCCUCAAUUCUCACGCCAGUCCUUCCCCUCGAUCCCACUUCCACACCGGAGAGAUAUGCUGUUGUUAUUGACAGCCCCUCCCCCGACUGUUCGCCCUCCUUAUCGCGUCUGGCUGCUGGUUUAACCCCUCCGCCGCCGCCCUCCACGAAAACCCCCUAACAUCUGGAUCUUCCCGAGGAAUGUGCCUUUGGCAUCGGCAUUGAACGUCACAACCCAAUCAGAAACGCAAUGGCCAUGGACGGCGCCGAUCGCACCCCCUCUCAUGUCCAUUCGGACUCCGUCAACACUGGGUCCCACGAUACUGACUCCAUGGUGACCGUGCCAUUGACCUCUAAUUCAGAACACACGCAGCCCGACUGGCGGACCCUCGACAUCCCUCAAACUCCUGUCGACGUGACGUCCCCGACCCAAGAACACUCGAGCGAUGGCGAGACCGACUCUAAGACCACGCCGACCCAGGAACCGUCGAGAGCCGAUCUAGCACCAAGCUCCAAUUGUGGUGACGCUAGCUCGAUACGAUCCCGCAGCAGCGCAGAGAGAGACAGAAAGGACGAUGCAGUGGAUUGGGAAGAGCUGGAAAAGACAGAAGAGCAGGAACCCCGUUGUGAGGGCUCGGAUGAGUCGACUGCUCUUCUGUUGGCACGACUAGAACAGGAAAACAAUGCGCUUGCGACGAAUCCCAAGUCUGCUUUGGCAAGCAAAUCGCAUGCGCAGCGAUUAACCCGACCGUCUCGGUCGCAGUCAUUGCACCAAAUCAAGCGAUUGAUCGACGAGGAUCCUCGAUCAUCACUACGGUACUCCCAACUCCCUCCUCCGCCGAUGACCGAACUCGAGUUUUGGGCAGCCUUAGUCGCAGAUUAUCCCCAAACAGCCCAGCGAUUACCAACGUUAACCUCGAACAAAAUCCGGAGCGGUGUUCCUCCCCCACUCCGCGGCGUGGUGUGGCCCAGCCUGGCGGGAGCCCGGGACAACACCUUGUUGGCGGAAUACCAGAGGCUGUGCGGUGAGACAAGUCCAUACGAAGGGCUGAUCGGCAAAGAUAUCGGCCGGAGCUUCCCGAAUGUGGAGAUGUUCCGUGAUCCCAAUGGUGAGGGGCAGCAGAUGCUCGGACGGGUGCUGAAGUGCUUCAGUCUGUACGAUACAAAAAUCGGCUACUGCCAGGGGCUGGGAUUUGUCGUUGGCCCCUUGCUGAUGCACAUGACGGAUGCGGAGGCGUUCUGUGUGCUGGUUCGGCUCAUGGACCACUAUGAUCUGCGGACGUGCUACCUUCCCGAUCUCUCGGGGCUCCAUCUUCGUGUCUACCAAUUCCAAAAUCUCCUGGCUCGCCUACGGCCCGGCUUGUUCGCACAUCUUGAGUCGCUGAAUGUCGAGCCGGUUUACGUAUCACAAUGGUUCCUGUCUUUCUUUGCAGUCGCGUGUCCGCUUCCGAUGCUUCUUCGCAUCUACGAUGUCAUCUUUCUCGAGGGAGCUUGCGAAACGUUGAUGCGGGUUGCUCUCUCACUGAUGACACGAAACGAGAAGAAGAUUAUGGCAUGCGCCGAGUUCGAGGACGUCAUGCAACUAUUGCUUUCUAGAAGUCUGUGGGACACAUAUGCCUGCCACGCAGACGAAUUCGUCAAUGACUUCGUCUCUCUCACGUCGCUUGUCACCAAAGAAAGCCUCCAGGCCCUUGAAGCCAGUUACAACCAGUCACAAGGAGUACCAACCGGCAUGUCCUUCCCCCAGAUGCAGGCCGCAGCUUCUCGAUUCCUCGGCCGCCUCUGGGCAGGAUCUAACUCGCACAACUCCGUCAAGUCGAUCAGCCUCAAUCCCAACAGUGCAAGCGCGUCAAAUCUGGCCAGCAUCCGACGAUCAGCAUCGAAACAGAGCAUGACGUCAACCCUUAACUCCGUAGAAUCGGCAUCCGACGCCAGCACGGCCCCGACCGAACUGUCAAUCGACGCACACAAACCGCGCGCGAAGUCAGCUAUAUCCCAGCACAAAGAUCGCGACCUUCACACACAAAUUGAAGAACUUCUCAUGGCGCUCAGCGACCUCCAACGUCAACACGCCGACCUCACGCGAGAACUCCAGCAAGAACGGGAAGAGCGCGAAGAGGACCAAACACUGGCCAAGUCAAUGCUCCAGUACAUCAAAGAAACGUCUGAUGAACCACCAAUGGACCUUGUACACAAAGCUGAUGCGCGAUUCGCAAUGAUCGAAACCCCCAAGACUGUCACGAACAAUCAAACUAAACACCAACUCCGCGACGACCUCAACCGUUACAAAGAAAUGCAUGCCCUAGAAUCCAGCCGAUGCAAGGGCCUGACUCGUCGGAUUGACGAGCACGAGAAGGAGAACUCCUCACUGCGAGAGCAACUCCGCGAAGCUCGCGGUCGUAUCCAAGACAGCUACCGUGAGCGCCAGCGUCUGGAACGGAUGGUCCGAGAGCUACGCACGGUCAAAACUAAGACCCGGAACUCGGACACGGCACCAUCAGAGACCUUCAGCUCCCCAACUAGCGACACUAGUGAGGGAUACACAAGCACUGGCUUGCGCGAACUAAAACUAGUCCGGACGAACUCGCAAAAGAGUACAAAGAGCACCACAACGCCAACGACAUUCACCAAACGGUCCAGCAGCUUGGGACUACAAUCCGUUCUUGCAACGGAGAACAACAAACCUGCGGCAGAGGAGGCCCUGCUUCUUGAGCUCGUGAACGCAAAGACUGCCGAAGCAGUCGCGCGCCAGGAGCUAGAAGAAGCCAAGGGCAAAAUGGAUUCGAUGCGGAAGGUUAUGACGCGGCACGGAAUCAUACCCGAGGGCCGACAUUCUUUCCUAGGAAGGCCACCUUCUAUUGCUAAGGCGGCGACAGAGCCUGCAGCGAACGGAGGAGGGCUGUUCAGUGGAUGGGGGAGACGAGCUGUAUCAACUAGCAACGAGUCAUAUGAUGGACGGUAGAGUGGAGUACAUACAUGUAAUCAUGCAUAGAGUUGCGUCUUUGUUUUACGUAUUUACAUAGUAGCUAAUAGGAAGCAAUGGGAAUCGGCAAGAGGUUGUAUAUGCCUGCUGCGCAG